AUGGAACCUCAACCAUCUCGACGGACAGAGCUACCCUCCGAAUCUUCACCAUGCCCACCCUCAAGCUCAGUUGCUGCACAAUGCGGCUCUGCACGAUCGACAAAAGCCUCACAUGAAGAAGUAAACACAACACAAAAGCCCGAUCAAAAGAAAGACUUGAAAGACUCGAAGGACUUGGAGAAGCAAAUAUCUUUAGAUAAAAGUACCUAUCGAGGUAUCAUGGAGGAAUUGGUUUCACGGGCUGGCGACCAAUUCGAUAAUCAAAUCACGGACCCGAGGCAGAUUAAGUUGGAUGUGUCUUAG